AUGACUCACGCACAUUCACCCCCGCCAACGACCACCACCCGCGCAUGGCUGCCGUGUGUGGCCGCGCUGCUCAGCUUCACGAUGUACGCUGUCAACCAGUUCACGUUCAGCCAGAGCACCACGGGCGCGCUGUUCCUCAGCUCGUCCCUUACGCGCUCCAUGUCGCAGGUCGACCGCAGCCUGAACAACAUGUACAUUACCCGCGUGGUGGCGUUCAUCUGCACCGGCUUCCUCAUCACGCCCGGCGUCCUCCUCCUCGCCGGCCGCCGCGGCGCGCUCCUUAUCGGCUCGGGCAUCGUCCUCAUCGCCGGCAUCGUCCUCGUCGCAGCGAUCAAGUUCCUCGCCGCCGACUACGCCGCCACGGCCCUCCUCGCCAUCGGGCACGGCAUCGCCGUCCCUUCCGCCCUGCUGUACGCUGCCGAGCUCGCACCCACGCUCUUGCGCGGCAAGAUCCUCGCGUUCGCCAACCUCGCGUGGGCGCUCGGCUACCUCGUCGUGUACUGGGUCUUCUGGGGCAUAACGUGGGCGUUCACCGACAAGUCGAACGAGCAGAUCUGGCCCCUGUACCGCGGCUGCGCAUCCUUCAUGUUCUUGUUCUCCAUUAUCGUCCCCGUGUCCAUGCUCUUCGCGCCCAACACCCCCCCGCUCGGAAGCGAUGGGCACGGCGACGGCGACGCGUCGCGGCGCCCGCUCGCGACCGUCGUCGCCGCCGGGUUCCCCGCCAAGCGGGUCGCCCUCGCGUUCGCGCUCAACGCCCUCGCAUCCAUGGUCGGCACGAGCGAGGUGAGCCGCUGGAGCACCCUCGUGUACUCUCGUGGCUUUUCCAGAAACUAUCCCAUCUCCAGUCACUUCGGCCCGUCGUUGGCCUCCUGGAUUGUGUAUUCCGUGGACACGGUCGUCGGCGUGCUCGGCGCUGCUGUUGGCCUGCUACUUAUCGACAAGAUCGGCCGCCGCAAGCUUUUGAUCGCUGGUUCGGCCGUUCUCGCGCUCUGCAUGGUUAUCAUUGGCGGCCUCGGCGCCGGGUACGGCUCCAGCCGGCUCUUCGGCACGUUCAGCUACAGCGAGCGUGAUGAACCCAAGUACUACUCCGCGGCGCUUGGCUACGCAGUCAUGGACGUCGUGACCACUUUCGUCGCCGGCGCGACAUGGAAUUGCGUCGUCUGGGUGUACACUGCCGAGAUGUUCGCGCCAGCUGUCGGCACGUGGGCCGUGCCCAUGUCGUUCAUGGUCAGCUCGAUAUCCUCGGCCAUCUUCAACCACGUCGCGUUCAACAAGUUUGCUGAGAAGGUCGGCUUGCACAUUUUCUUCUUCUUCUUCGGCCUCAACAUCCUCGUCGCCCUCUUCGUCUUCUUCUUCCUCCCCGAGACCAAGGGCGUGCCCCUCGAGAACAUGGAGGAGUUGUUCACCGGCUCCGCUCGUCACGCUCACAGACUCGACAUUCAGCACAUUGACAGCAACGACAAGCGCGACGUGUAUGCGUGAUUGGAGAGAGGUAAUAAUCAAUGUAUUUGUAGUCCAGAAGAGUGAUUACGGCUUGAUGC